GUCAGGAUGGCUGACAGGGUGGCUUCCGACCUGGUGCCCUACGUCUACAUCACACCUUAAAGAAGCUGAAGAGAAAAUGUUAAAAUGUGUCCCCUGCACGUACAAGAAAGAGCCCGUCCGCAUAUCCAAUGGAAACAGAAUAUGGACACUGAUGUUCUCUCACGACAUUUCCAGUAAGACACCACUCGUCCUCCUCCACGGCUUUGGAGGAGGUCUUGGACUUUGGGCCCUGAAUUUUGAAGAUCUAAGCACUGACAGGCCCGUCUAUGCCUUUGACCUCUUGGGCUUUGGAAGAAGUAGUCGACCUAGGUUUGACAGCGAUGCUGAAGAGGUGGAGAACCAGUUUGUGGAGUCCAUUGAGGAGUGGAGGUGUGCCCUCGGGCUGAACAAAAUGAUCCUGCUUGGACACAACCUUGGAGGGUUCCUGGCCGCUGCUUACUCACUGAAAUACCCAUCAAGGGUUAGUCACCUCAUUUUAGUAGAGCCAUGGGGUUUCCCUGAGCGACCCGAUCUGGCUGAUCAAGAAAGACCAAUUCCAGUUUGGAUCAGAGCCCUGGGAGCAGCUUUGACUCCCUUUAACCCUUUGGCUGGCCUCAGGAUUGCAGGGCCUUUUGGGUUAAGUCUAGUGCAGCGUUUAAGGCCUGAUUUCAAACGGAAGUACUCCUCUAUGUUUGAAGAUGACACUGUAACGGAGUACAUCUACCACUGUAACGUACAGACCCCAAGCGGUGAGACAGCCUUCAAAAACAUGACGAUUCCUUAUGGGUGGGCAAAGCGGCCAAUGCUUCAGCGGAUAGGAGACUUGCAUCCUGACAUUCCAGUUUCUGUGAUCUUUGGCGCCCGAUCCUGUAUAGAUGGCAACUCUGGUACCAGCAUCCAGUCACUGCGACCGAAGUCCUAUGUGAAGACUAUAGCCAUCCUAGGGGCAGGGCAUUACGUGUACGCAGAUCAGCCAGAAGAGUUCAACCAGAAAGUCAAGGAGAUCUGCCACAUGGUAGACCGAGCUGCGUGGGGCACCUGUGACUGAUGCCAUUUUCGAGCAAUUUCCUACAACCACGGGAAGAGUAAGAAGUACAACUCAAGAACCAGGCAGUCUCCUGGACUGGACUCGGCACCAUUUCCUUAUGAAGUCACUUCCACAUUUAAACCAAUUAGUGCCUUCUAGAAUAAUGGCUUUCCUUUCUCCUACACAAGAUUGAAAUACACAAAAGUCUUCCGAUUUAAUAGUAGCCUUAAAUAAAGGUUAUUUGUCCUUCUGGUGUACUCAAAAAUUGUGGUUUUUCAGCUGAGACUUUUCUGAUUUUUACCUAACUUUGCUAGUUAGCUUCUUUUCAUAUUUCGGUCUAUAUGCCAAAUUUAACUAAGUGACUUCUGGGUCUGUCAUCUUAAAUGCUACAAAGGUGCACUUUGUUUUGUUUGCAUGUAUUUACUAUCUCUAACAACUAACAUAGUUAAUCCAAGUAUUUUUAAGUAAAAAAAAAAAAUUCAAUUUAGAAUACUUCAUUUUUGAAAUGGAGUUUAGAAUAUUUCAUUUUGAAAUGGAAUAAAAGGGUAAGUUUUGAUUAAAAAGAUGGGAGUUGAUCACUAGCACUAACUCCUCUGGUUUUCCUGUUUAAUAUUUAAGGCUGCAAAGCUGUGCUCAGCAUUUUUAGUGUGCUCCAUGAUGACACUGCACACUCCUUGGAACCCUCUGUGUGUGAUCUAGUUCUAGGGUCUAUGAAAUGUUACAGACCUACUCAGUGAUUCAGGUACUGAGAAGCCUGAACCCAAAGUCUGUCCCCUUUACUUCCUGUGAAUGCUGUUCUUUUCCAGGAACCAGGAUAUAGUGAAUGAACAGGUUUCUUCCCUUACAGGGCUAUAAAGACUGUUGUUGCCUUCUAGUAAACCAAGUCAUACUGUGUUUCCAUGAACAACUAACGUAUACGGUGCUUAAACUGGAUUACAUUUUUACCACUAACAUUUAAAAUUAAGUGGUGCUGUCAUGUCUCACGGCACCAGAAAUGAGCUAGAAUGUGUGUUUAUUUUUUAUCGAUUAUUAUGUUAAUCUAAUCAUUUAUAUGCUUGAAUCAAGAUUAUUAAAAAAAUCUAUAAUGUUGUUUGAAUUGUCUGGCAGAAACCACCAUUGAAUUUAUAACUUUCUCACAGUUUUAAAAUGAGGGAAACUUGGAAACUAUGAAAAAGCUCUGUAUGGUAGCCGGAUGCUGUGAAAGUCCCCUAUACAGAAAACAAAGAGGGUGUCACCAGCAUUGUCUGUCCAGGACAAAAGCAGGCCACACAGGUCAAAAACUGGACAGCACGAACCAUGGGCUUGGUGAUUUGGGCUAUUGCAUUUUUAGUGGCUAAUUAGGAUUUUUUUGAAAAUGUAAGAUUAUAUCACAGUUAAUUAACUGUCAGAAACAUGAACUGUUGUGUUUUCAACGUCCUUACUGACAGGAGAAUGUGUAAAUUAUACUGAGGCUGGAGAAGCAGCUUCCCAGUGACCCUUUAUCAGACUUGUCCGAUGAACUAGGUUAGACGAGAAACCAACAUGAGACCAGAGAGGGGCUUGCUUUCUUCUCUACCUGAGAAUAAUAGCCUUGCCUUGGCAAGGCCAAAUUCAGACUUGACAUUGGUGUAAGAUCUGGGCAGCACUUUUGUUUGACAUGCCCAGUGUCAGUCAGCCUCUGCUGGCUGGAAGAGAGAGUUUCUACCCAAACGUCAAGUGAAGCUGUCCUUCCUACCAACUGCUUGGCUCUGUUGGAAAUGUGAUGCUUCUUAAAACAACUCUUCCUUGGUCCAUGUGAUUUUGUAAAGAUCGAAGCAGAGGAGUUUAUUAUAAUCUGAGAGUUCUUGAGAAUACAAUGGCUGCUAAAUGUUUUUCUUAUAAAAGGCCUCUUAACUAUAUUUGAUCUUUGCUAAGUUAUUUGUACCUUUGCCUUAUCUUACAGAAUAAACUUGACAGUGCAAGCACCA